AUGGUUUCGGUAGCAGUCAAGAACUUCUUCCGCGAGACUGUGCUCGUGUCGGCGUUGCUUUUUGGUGGGGUGAUUCGUCCGAGUCUGAUCUCGUUAGUGUACGUGUUAUUGGCACUUAUCGGUCCCCUGCUCGCACCGAUCAAUAAGCACUAUCCAUCAGUAUCGAUCCCGAUCAAGGUCUAUCUGAUACUCACGACAAUCGUCUCGAUCGGAUUCACGAUCGCGCAGUGCGUUUACCAGUGCUAUGAGGUGAUCAACACACCGAAUAUCGAAGACUACACCAGGGAUUGCGCCAACUCAACGCUGCACUUCUGGAUGCGGCAGAUCGGCUUUGUGAGAGUGAAGGGGGGUGUAGGUUUGGACACGAUUCGGGUGAUCGCGCCCGAGAUUCUUUCAUCGUUAUCAUCACUGAUAACUGCGAUAAUCUGCUUAAUAUUAUCACACCAGAAUGAUAAUCUGCAGUAUCAACACAUUGGCAAUAUGGAUUCGAGUGGGGCGAACAUCUCACAGGUACAUCCUGUGACUGGUUCACCAAGAGCCACAGUGCAGCAGCAGCAGCAAGAACAGUCUGGUGUCUCGAAAUCGCUGAAAUUCGUGAAUGCGCUCGUAGUGGCAUUGAAACGCUUAGGUGAUGUGGCUAUAAUUCUAUUCAUUGGCCUCGUUGGUAUUAUUCAGCCAUCGAUAUUGAAUUCGAUGUAUUUCAUAUCGUUUCUGUUCGUAGUCACGUGGUGGUCAUCGUACACGCCGUUCCAUAGACGUUGCAAUAAUAGCAUAAAACGUGUACUCAUUUUGUAUUCGGCCGUUCAUUUCAUUCUCAUUUAUAUCUAUCAAAUACCAUUCAUACAACACGCGAUUCCGUCUGAUUGAUUGAUAGGUUUUGCAAGUAUAGUGGAAAAUGAGUGUCCAGAGUGGUGGGCAUUGAAAGUGGUAUGGAUACGUGACACGAAUCAAUGGACGAGCAUAGUGAAUGCAGCGUUGAUAUUGGUGUUAUAUUACACGUUGAUAAUACAGUACAAGUACUCGAGAGGAGGCGUUCUCAGGUCGAUGCGAUACGUGGCCACUUCGGAGAGUUCGAUUCAUGAAGAUUUAUUGGUGGACGGAGAGGAAGUGGAUAGUGGGGAUGGUGGUGCUGUUGGUGCUGCAGUGGAGAGUGUACAGUUGCAACCGAUAACGUCGAGCGUGAUUGAUAGGCAGAAGAUUGCAGCGAUAUUUCGAGAUGAAAAUGGUGAUGGCUCAGCUCCAUCCGAAGGACUCGUAUCGAUUUUAUCGUUUUGUCUUUAUCACGGUUACAUGCUCGCUUCAUUAUCGAUGCUGAUUUGGGGUCUGCUGUAUCAUUCGAUAUUCGGUUUAAUUUUCCUUAUAACAGCGCUUAUUUCGUUUGCGUUUAAAGAUGCACGUUCGGUUGCAUUCGCAACGUCACCAGUGCUGCUGUUCUAUGCGGAGUUUCUAUUAGUGGCGCAGUACAUAUGUAGUAUGGAUAUUUCGAAAGAAAUAGCAAAAAGUGAUCUGCUUGAAAUGGUCGGGUUCGUAAUGGCUGAAGAUCGAGUGGCAGCGUUUGUAACGCUCUUGGUCAAG